CGCCAAAAACGCCAAAUUGGUAACACUGAACCUUGAUGCACAUUGCGAACAUGGCGGACGUUUCUGUUUUGGACACUGGGAUCGAAAUUUCCAAAUUAAAAGUUCCAGAUUUAAAACGCGAACUCAAAAGCCGAGGCUUGAAUACGUCUGGAAAUAAAACUGAUUUGAUAGAAAGAUUACAAACGGCUCUUAAGGCUAAUGAGAGAACCAGUAACGAGUCAGUUGAUGAUCUUGAUGAAGACUUACUGAAUGAAGAUGACGAUGAUGUACAUUUAGAAACAACAGAGUCCGUAAUAAGUGAUAUUGACACUGCCCUGAAUGACUCUCUCCCGCCCAAAGGGCAAAAACGUAAAUCGGAUGAAAAUGGCACAAAGGAAAAAACGGCAUCGACACCAAAAAAAGUCGUUCUAAAUCGAAAUACACCACUCAUUGAAAACACGCGAAUUUCCACUGAAAGUAAGGAAGGUUCAGUUAAAUCAAACGGCUCAACAGAAGAAAAACGGGUAAUCAAACUAUCAGGCCUUUCAGCGAAAGAACGCCUUGAAAUGCGGGCGAAAAAGUUUGAUGUUUCUCUGAGCAAUGAAGCGAAAAAAGUUGCAAGGGCCGAGAGAUUUGGGACUGCAAAUCAGGCAAAUACAGCACAAACUAAAGUGAAUACAAGUAUCGACGUUUUGAAGCAAAGAGCGGAAAGGUUUGGAGGGUCCGUUUCAACAGUAAUGACGAGUUUGGACCAACAGCAGAGGUUGGAGAAACGCAAGGAGAGAUUCGGAAUUGUUACGCCUGAAGAUAAGGCCAAACAGCGUCUCGAAAGAUUCAAACAGCCUGUAAAAUGAACAUUUUAAUUUGUAUUAUAGAAUUUUGUUUAAUU